CAGAGGGGUUGGAGAGAGCAAAGAGGUAGUGGUUGAUCACUUGUGCUCCAUGGGGUGCAGUUGCACUGACUAGACAGUGAGAUGAAGUGUGCACAGCAGCUGUCUGUCCCGCAUGGACCCUGUUAAUGCUGUCAAGACCUUCACUUUCAUAAGCUCUAAAAUUCACUGCAUUUUAAAGCAAGCAGAAGGACUGUCUGGAGUGUAUGGGCUCUUCUUUCCUGGAAUGUAAAGGAAACCUCGGCUGUGAAGCUGGAGUGCAGGGGGCUUCAUUCCUUAGUGAAAGCAGAGAAGGGAAAUGCAGAUGUCACAGCUGGGACAGGAGAUUUAUCUUGGCAAGCAAAGAGGAAAAAUACUUUCAAAAAGAAAAGAGAAAAGUCAGAAGAUUCCCCUCCCCAUCUGGUCCGCCUGCCAGCACGAGCAGAACCUCCAUCCUGCAAAGGUCCUUCGUCCCCUGGGCCUGGGCUCCCACCCAGCUGGAUUAGCCCCUUGCUGCUUUCUCCUUGGAGCUAUACCAUCAUAGUGGGAGCAGGGAGGCUGUGAGAACUAAACUGAUCCUAGAGGGAGACUGUUUCCAAACAGCUCCACUGGAGGUGGGGAGGGGAAAGUAACAGUCAGAGGAUGGAUAUGUGAAAGGGAAAGGGAGGGACAGAUGUAUCCAAGGUGACCACAGCGGAGAAGUGGAUGCAAGGAGAGGAAAAGAUUCCCUUCUCAGCUGUGUGGAGCCACUGGGUAGUAGCACCUCAAGGUGUACCAUGCACACAGCUGGACAGUGGAAUAAGCUUAGUGCUUUGGUCUUUUCCUGAGGCCCUCUGGAGGUCUAACUCUAGCUCUGGGAGGGGGUAAAUAGAGCGCUUGCUUUUGGAUGUCUGGAUGCCUUACAUUAACUCCCAGGAUAACUGCUGUACAGCAGGAAGGGGUGUUCAAAUGAGAAGUGCACGCACACACACACAACUUGCUAUUUAGACAACCCUAAGCAUGAGGUCAGGGUGAAAACAUGUGGUGGAAAUAUGUUUGGAAGAGUCAGUGCCUAUGUUGGUCACCACGAGUGAGAGAGAGAAGGAGCCAGCAGCUGACAGAUUCACACUCUCCCUGUGGCUGAGGUGGCCUCAGCCUGAGCAGAUUCUCCUGUGGCACAAGACCAGCUUCAGGCUGCCUGGAGAUGAGGAGGUCAUUGCCACCCCUGUACCUGCACACCCCACUUUGUUCCCCAUGGGCACUGCCUUCCCGCCCUCCCAGAGCUGCAGUGGGGGGAUGGGUGGCUAGAAAUCAGUCUUGGAUCAGGAAAUCCAGCACAUCCUCGCCAUUGCGUUUCUGUCCCUUGGCUGCCCCCUCCCUGACCGCUCACUGGUAAUACAGCUUUGGAAACACAUCUCGUGCUAUUUCUUGGCUUUGGAGCAUAGUUAGAAGAAGGAAGGAGGGUGUGAAAGGGAGGGGGAGAUAGCAGGAGGGAAUUAUGCAAAAUGAGACUGUGCUGUGAGCUUUGUAACCCAUCUGGAAGCCGUUUCCCCCAGCACACUUCACGCCUGCUCCCUCUGGCCCAGAAUGGUAAAGAAUCAUGUUCCCCAGUUGACUGAUUCUCCUUGCUCAAGCUAGACCCAUGAAAGCUACUUGAGAAAUCGUAAAGGAGAAUCUCAGCAGACUUGCAGGUUUCUUCAUUGUCACAAUUAGAGAUACUUCAUCAGCUCCCUAAAGAGCAGGAGCUGGCUGGAAGAUGCUCUUAAAGAGAGUUUAGACCUUGGAGAGUGUGUGAGGUGAAGAGUCUGCUCUACUUGUGCACCUCUGCACAUCCCACCUUUCCCAUCCAAUACCUGUGCACUCGUUCUUACCUUGGACCUUAUGCUUAAUGUGCUUCUACUCUGCUGUGGUGUUGGGAAAAGUCUCUCUGAGGCCCAGCACAGUCCUUUCAUUUAGUGGCAGCACAUGCAGGCCUUUGGCUGUGCUUGCUCCAGCCUAGGUGGGAAGGAAGGGCAGAUACAGCACCUCCAUUGGCCUAUCAGCUCAAAGCCUCAUAAAGCUACUGUUUGGUUGGGUGAUCGGCCUGCUUCUGUUAUCACUCAGAAACUGGCAGCACUGGCUGCCAUGCUCUGUUGCGAUCCACACGGCCCUGAGACACCGUCCCCUGGGACCCGCAGUUACCCAGAGCCUUCUCUCUCACAUGUGUUAAGGAAAAGGGUGGCUGAAGACUUCUCUGUUUUUUACCAGCAUUUCUCUGAGAACCUGGAUCACUUCUCCGACAACAUGGAGGAUUUCUCCAACGAUCUCUUCAGCAGUUUCUUCGAUGACCCAGUUCUGGCUGAAAAGAACCCGCUGCUGGACAUGGACCUGGACCCACCCACUCCAGGCAUCCAGGCAGAGCACAGCUACUCCCUCAGCGGAGACUCUGCUCCCCAGAGUCCCCUCAUGCCUGUCAAGACUGAAGAUAAUGCUAACGAGCUGGAGAACGGAGUGUGGUCUCUGGGGCCCAAGCUCUGCUCCAUCAUGGUGAAGCAGGAACAGAACCUGGCUCUAGACCCGCCUGAGUCCCAGCUGGCUGCCAGCUCCAGACCUGUGCUGAACCUCAACCCUCUGCAGAGACUGCCAGUCCCCGAGGAGACUCCCAUUGAAAUGACUCCAGCACCUGUGAUCAAAGCUGAACCCAAAGAAGUGAACCAGUUUCUAAAUGUACCUGCAGUAGAUGAUCUGGUGCAGAUGCCUCCAACUCCGCCCAGCAGCCAUGGCAGUGACAGUGACGGGUCCCAGAGCCCUCGAUCCCUGCCUCCCUCCAGCCCAGCCCGACCUGCUGCUCGCUCUUCUACUGCCAUCUCCUCCUCACCUCUCCUCACAGCACCACAUAAAUUACAAGGGACCUCUGGCCCACUGCUCUUGACUGAAGAGGAGAAACGCACCUUGAUUGCUGAAGGCUACCCCAUUCCUACCAAGCUGCCCCUCACCAAAGCAGAGGAGAAAGCACUGAAGAGGGUCAGGAGGAAAAUAAAGAACAAGAUCUCUGCUCAGGAGAGUCGCAGAAAGAAGAAGGAAUAUGUGGAAUGUCUAGAGAAAAAGGUCGAGACAUACACAACAGAAAAUAAUGAACUCUGGAAAAAAGUGGAGACCUUAGAAAAUGCAAACAGGACUCUGCUCCAGCAGUUACAGAAGCUGCAGGCUCUAGUAGCUGGGAAAGUCUCCAGACCUUACAAAAUGGCUUCCACACAGACCGGGACCUGCCUAAUGGUGCUGGUGCUCUGCUUCGUUCUCAUCCUGGGAUCCCUGAUGCCCUGUCUCCCAGAGUUCUCUACAGCAUCACAGACAGUGAAAGCAACACCAGCGCCAGACAUUUACACAACUAGUAAGAUUCAGUCACGGAGCCUCUUGUUUUAUGAUGAGGGUGCUGGCUCCUUAGAAGAGAGCUAUAGCUCCUUCCUAACCAUGGACCAUCCUGAGGGGUGGGAGGCUGAAAAAGUGCAGUCUGACGAGCCAAGGCCUCAUCUGGCGAGGACGCAUGAGACAGCCAAAUAUCUGAGCAAAUCCCAUCUGGAGAGUCCUGACCAGAACCAAACUGACCCAACUCUAACCCACCUCAAAGAGCAAUUCCAUGAGAGGGAGACAAGCUCCAGUGAGACAGCUGAAUACUUGUAGCAGCUGCUGGAUCUCAAGGCUUCAUCUGUCUGACUGCAGGAUUCCCUCCUCACUAAGAAACUGAGGGGACUUGGCAGGAGAGGACACUGCAUUCAGACACUCCUAAACUGGCCUUGAGUUCAGCUCCUCCCCUUCCCCGUGGCCCUCUUUGGUACUGAUUCCUCUGAGAGGAGUCGCAGGACUGCCAAAACCAGUAAUAAGUGGCUGAUGAAGUCCUGAGACACCCUCUUCUCCUGGCCUUAUCUCCUGCUUGAAUGAGCACUACCCUAUGGGUGUGGGCUUACCAUGGAAUGGAGGGAGGACAAGAGGAGGCCCUCAAACUGUUCAGCUCACUCUCCAAAGCCUCCAUGGGGGCUGUCCCUAGAUGUGUACCCCUUGGCUACAUCAGAUGCACAUGAAAGAGUUUUACUGCUCUGCCUAAGGGACUUAGGUGACACUGGGGCUGGAGAGAGGACUCUGGAGAGUUUGAGCUCAUUCCUUCCCCUCCAUCUGUUAGUAUACUUCUGCCUCCAAUGAGAGAAAAACUAGUUCUUCCUUGCUCUAGUUUUCUCUUGAUGGCUAUGCCUACAUAACUUCCACGCCAACUAUCUGCAAAGAUCUGCACACAAACGGAGUGGGGGAGACAGAUCCCAGACCAAGAUAAACAACCAUGAAAAUUAACUGGCAGCUUCUGGGCAGCCAGAACUCUGAAACAGGGAACAAUUUUUCCCCACAGCCCAAUUCUGUCCACCCUCAGCACCUUUGCUUUGGCAGCGGUGGUAUUUCCCUUUUUGUUCCCAGCUUGGGCCCUACAGUGUGGUGCUAACCAGGUCAGUGCUUUCCCACUUCCCAUUCUACACACCCCCUGCUUUGAGAGUGGGUGAGAGAAAUCCACUUCCAUGACCGUAUUACAGCUCUCCAUCCUCAAUUCUGCUUCAUGCCAAAUGGGAUCUUUCUAAGAACCAUGAAGAAAAGCUCUGCAACCUGUUGAAGGGCUGCCAGAGAGCCAUAAUGGUGCUGAAAUGACUUGAUCUCAAACCUGUUCCAUUCUCUUUAGCAUCCAAACAUCCACUUCUGACCCCUCACCUUCCCUGCUCAAGUGUCUCUUCACUCCGUACCCUCAGCUGUCCUUUGCUAGAAGGACAAUGUGGGACUUGAAUUUCUGAGAUCUGGGAUGCAGCAGAUUGCACAUGGGAGCCUCUGUGUGCUCCACUACAUCUCACAGCAGACAACCCUUGGCUUGUUUUGCUUCAAGUGCCCUGGACUCAGACCAUGCUGCCCCAACCUCUCCACCAGUCUCUCCCACUGCUCAAGAACUGGAAGAAUUGAGAGAAUGGCCCUCGCAUCUCUCUCUUUCCUCUCUUUUGAAAGCUGCUUUUACCCCUGAAGCCAUUUAAGACAAAUUUGGACACAGCUAGCUGCAAUCACACAUGCUUGGCUAGAGGGGGUGAGGAGAAAGAAGAAAGCCUUCAGCACAGCUUUUCUCAAAGCUCACGUAGGAUCUGCUUCUCACCAGAUACCACAGCGCAUCUGAUCCUCUGCCUCCACCCCAGCACAGAGAACCACUGCCGGGUCCAAGCACGCCCUCCUCCACCCCAGCACCUCCACUGUGCGUGUCCCCAUGCCUCCCACUCCCACCGUUGUACAGAGACCAAGAGCAGAACUCGUUUGUACAUAAUGAACCUUAUUUUGUAUUAUUGCCGAUCCCUUAAGAUAUUGUAUUUUGGAGACUCUCAAA